AUGAUCAAAGUAUCAGCAAGUUUGGUUUCUGCGGAGUGUUCCGAAUUGAAAGGCUUCCUGAAGCCCGAUUACCUGCAGUACCACAUUUGGCCUCUAGAGGAAGAAACGUCACAAAUUGAACUUAGAAGAAGGUCUAAAAAGAGCCAGCCCUUUGAGGAAAUGCCUUCGCUUUACGUGCCGGGGAAACUCACUCACCGCUCUGCCAGGGUCCAUGUGGCUGCACUGUCUCCAGAAAAGAGCCUCCUGUUUCCCCACAGCUCAGACAUGAAGCCCAUCCUCACUUCAGUGCUUGUGAUCAUAUUCACACUCCGAGGAAUUAGAGCCCAGACGGUGACUCAGCCUGAGGACCACAUCUCGGUUCUUGAGGGGACCUCGGUGGAGGUGAGGUGCAACUACGUAUAUUCCGGGAGUCCUUACCUCUUCUGGUAUGUCCAGUACCCCACACAAAGCCUCCAGUUACUCCUGAAACACACCUCAGGAGGCAGCAUCAAAGGUUUCACGGCUGACCUUAACCGGAGUGAGACGUCCUUCCAUCUGAAGAAACAAUUUGCUCAAGAAGAAGACUCAGCUGUGUAUUACUGUGUGCUGGAUGCCACAGUGCCUGGUUUACAAAGGAAGCAGGUCAAAAACCCCUUAGGAGUUCCAGCAAAUAUUUCAUUGUAA